UACUCAGAGGCGUGGUUGCGGUUGAGCAUCUCAGCUCCGCGGCGCUGGAGGCUGGAGCUGCGCUUUGUUCUGGGCACCCGCGUCUCUCCCUUCCCUCUCCUUGCAUCCUCUUCCUCAGCCUCUGUGUCCCCGAGCCGCCCUCCUCCCUCCGCUUCUACACUUGUGGCCCAGAGCCCUUGCCAGGUCCUGAUUUUUGCCUUUUCCUCCCCAGGCCAGGGUCGCUCCUCCAGGCCCCGCCCCUCCAGGCACGGCAUGUCCCCCGCUGCCCAGCGCCCAUGGUCCUGACGCUGCUCUUCUCCGCCUACAAACUGUGCCGCUUCUUCACCAUGUCGGGCCCACGGCCGGGCGCCGAUCGGCUGACGGUGCCGGGGCCGGAUCGGAGUGGCAGCGCCAGCCCCUGGUGGGCUGCGGGCGGCCGCGGGUCCCGCGAGGUGUCGCCAGGGGGGACCGAGGUGCAAGGAGCCCUGGAGCGUUCGCUGCCGGAGCUGCAGCAGGCGCUGUCCCAGUUAAAGCAGGCGAGCGCGGCGCGGGCGGUGGGCGCGGGCCUCGCCGAGGUCUUCCAGCUGGUAGAGGAGGCCUGGCUGCUGCCCGCUGUGGGCCGCGAGGUGGCCCAGGGUCUGUGCGAUGCGAUACGCCUGGACGGGGGCCUGGACUUGCUGCUGCGGCUGCUGCAGGCGCCGGAGCUGGAGACCCGCGUGCAGGCCGCGCGCUUGCUGGAGCAGAUCCUGGUGGCUGAGAACCGGGACCGCGUGGCGCGCAUCGGCCUAGGCGUGAUCUUGAACCUGGCGAAGGAGCGCGAGCCGGUGGAGCUGGCGCGGAGCGUGGCGGGCAUCUUGGAGCACAUGUUCAAGCAUUCGGAGGAGACGUGCCAGCGGCUGGUGGCGGCCGGCGGCCUGGACGCGGUGCUGUACUGGUGCCGCCGCACAGACCCGGCGCUCCUGCGCCACUGCGCUCUGGCGCUGGCCAACUGCGCGCUGCACGGGGGCCAGACGGUGCAGCGGUGCAUGGUGGAGAAGCGUGCUGCCGAGUGGCUCUUCCCGCUCGCCUUCUCCAAGGAGGACGAGCUGCUGCGGCUGCACGCCUGCCUGGCGGUGGCCGUGUUGGCUACCAACAAGGAGGUGGAGCGCGAGGUCGAGCACUCCGGCACUCUGGCGCUCGUGGAGCCGCUCGUGGCAUCCCUGGAUCCCGGUCGCUUCGCUCGCUGCCUCGUGGACGCCAGCGACACAAGCCAGGGUCGCGGCCCGGAGGACCUGCAGAGCCUGGUGCUGCUGCUCGAUUCGUCGCGUUUGGAGGCUCAGUGCAUAGGGGCUUUUUACCUGUGCGCCGAGGCUGCCAUCAAGAGCCUACAGGGGAAGACCAAGGUGUUCAGCGACAUCGGCGCCAUCCAGAGCCUGAAGCGCCUGGUUUCUUACUCCACCAACGGCACCACGUCGGCGCUGGCGAAGCGCGCGCUGCGGCUGCUGGGCGAGGAGGUGCCGAGGCGCAUCCUGCCCUGCGUGGCCAGCUGGAAGGAGGCCGAGGUCCAGACGUGGCUGCAGCAGAUCGGCUUCUCCCAGUACUGCGAGAACUUCCGGGAACAGCAGGUAGACGGUGACCUGCUUCUGCGACUCACAGAGGAGGAACUGCAGACAGACCUGGGCAUGAAGUCAAGCAUCACCCGCAAGAGGUUCUUUAGGGAGCUCACGGAGCUCAAGACCUUCGCCAGCUACGCCACCUGCGACCGCAGCAACCUCGCAGACUGGCUGGGCAGCCUGGACCCUCGCUUCCGCCAGUACACCUACGGGCUGGUCAGCUGUGGCCUGGACCGCUCCCUGCUGCACCGCGUGUCCGAGCAGCAGCUCCUGGAGGACUGCGGCAUCCGCCUGGGGGUGCAUCGCACGCGAAUCCUCUCUGCAGCCAGAGAAACGCUCCACUCCCCGGUGCCCUGUACCAGUGGCAAGUCCAGCGGGGACACCCCAGAUGUCUUCAUCAGCUACCGGAGGAGCUCGGGUUCCCAGCUGGCCAGCCUCCUGAAGGUGCACCUGCAGCUGCAUGGCUUCAGCGUCUUCAUCGACGUGGAGAAGCUGGAAGCUGGCAAGUUCGAGGACAAGCUCAUCCAGAGUGUCAUGGCCGCUCGGAACUUUGUCCUGGUGCUCUCCGCCGGGGCGCUGGACAAGUGCAUGCAGGACCAUGAGUGCAAGGACUGGGUACACAAGGAGAUUGUGACUGCUUUAAGCUGUGCCAAGAACAUUGUCCCCAUCAUUGAUGGCUUUGAGUGGCCGGAGCCUCAGUCACUGCCUGAGGACAUGCAGGCUGUACUCACCUUCAAUGGCAUCAAAUGGUCUCACGAGUACCAGGAGGCCACCAUCGAGAAGAUCAUCCGUUUCCUGCAGGGCCGCCCCUCUCAGGACUCCUCUGCGGGCUCUGAUACCAGCUUGGAGGGAGCUGCACCAAUGGGUCUGCCUUAACCUGUCCCCAGUUCCCACACCCUGCUGUGACUCCCAGUUCCAUCACCUCCCCACCCCUAAAGGAAGAGCUCCUUUAGACCACCCUGGGCUGAGACAGACCCUACCCUUCUCAGGAAACGGCUUUCCCUGCUGCCACCCAGUGGCCCACUUUACCCCAGAGAUGCCAGGCACGGGGUUAGAUAAGAGGACACUCCUCUCUCAGGCCCUGCCAUCAGGUUCCAACCCCCC